AUAUAUGUUAAGUACACAGGCGAAGGAGAGACCAGAUAGGAAAACAAAUGGUAGAAGUCAUGAAACAAGAGCAUUUUGUUUUAGUGCAUGGGGCAUGCCAUGGGGCUUGGUCUUGGUACAAGCUGAAACCACGACUCGAGGCCGCCGGCCACCGUGUCACAACGCUCGAUCUCGCGGCCUCGGGCAUAGACAGGAAGGCAAUAGAAGAUGUUCACUCAAUUGAUGAAUACAGUGAGCCUUUGUUGGAGAUUAUGGCAUCACUUCCCCAUGAUGAAAAGGUUAUACUCGUUGGACACAGCCUAGGAGGUUUGAGUUUGGCUCUAGCCAUGGACAAAUUCCCAGAGAAGAUCUCAGUUGCUGUGUUUUUGACAGCCUUCAUGCCAGACACAACACACCCAGCUUCUUAUAUUUUGGAUCAGUACAAUGAGAGGACUCCAGCAAAAGCAUGGCUGGACACUCAAUUUGCUCCCUAUGGAGACUCUGAUCCCCCUCUCAUGACAAUGUUUUUUGGGCCAAAGUUCUUUGCAUCUAAGCUCUAUCAGCUCUCCCCUGUCGAGGAUCUUGAGUUGUCAAAGGUUUUGGCAAGGCCAGGGUCCCUAUUUUUAGCAGAUUUGGCGAAGGCAAAGAAGUUCACCAAUGAAGGUUAUGGGGCGGUGACAAGGGUCUUUGUCCUGUGUGGUGAAGAUAAAGCUAUACCAGUUGAGUUCCAGCGCUGGAUGAUCCAAAACAGUCCAGUCCAAGAAGUACUGGAGAUUAUGGAUGCAGAUCACAUGCCUAUGAAUUCCAAGACACAAGAACUGUGUGAUUGUCUCGUGGAAAUAGCACAGAAACACUCGUAGUUUGAUUAGUGUAAUUACUUUUUUGUGAUGGACCUAUCAUAUGGCCUACAUGCAUCUCUACUUUGACUAAUAAGACA